AUGUCACUCUUGGCUGAGGCCACGCGCAUCGCGCGCGAAUUUGACUACCCCGCUGAGCAGGUCCAGCGCGGUGUCGCUGAGUAUAUUCGCCAGCAGAAUGAGGGUCUGGCCAAGGAGAACACCACUCUGAGCCAAAUCCCAACCUUCGUGACCGCAGUCCCCAAUGGCACGGAAAAGGGCCUCUACUUGGCCGUUGAUCUCGGCGGUACCAACUUCCGCGUCUGCUCCGUCCAGCUACACGGAGAUACCACCUUCUCCCUCACCCAGUCCAAGAUCAUGAUCCCCCGGGAACUCAUGGCCUCCGGUACCUCCAAGGACCUCUUCCUUUUCCUCGCCCGCCAGAUCGAGUCUUUCCUGCGUAUCCACCACAAUGAGCACUUUGAGGCACACCUCCGCCGCCGCCUUGCCGGUAACAACGAGCAGGACCUGUUCGAUCUGGGUUUCACCUUCAGUUUCCCCGUGCGCCAGUUCGGUAUCAACUCCGGAACCCUGAUCCGCUGGACCAAGGGCUUCAACAUCCCCGAUGCCGUCGGACACGACGUUUGCGCUCUGCUCCAGUCUGCCAUUGAUGAACUCGAACUCCCCGUCCGCGUGGCUGCUCUGGUCAACGAUACCGUCGGCACUCUGAUGGCCCGCUCCUACACUUCCCCCGGCGAGACCGGAACCUUCCUGGGCGCUAUCUUUGGUACCGGUACCAACGGUGCCUACGUCGAGAAGAUUGAUAAGAUCACUAAGCUCCAACACAUGAAGGACGCCCACUACGACAAGUCCACUGGGGAGAUGAUCAUCAACGCCGAAUGGGGCAGCUUCGACAACCACCUGAGCGUUCUGCCUAGCACCGUCUACGACCGCGACCUCGAUGCUGAGAGCAACAACCCCGGAAUUCAGAUGUUCGAGAAGCGUGUUUCCGGCAUGUUCCUUGGCGAGAUUCUGCGCCGCGCGCUCCUGGCCAUCCACAACGACCCUAAGCUGGCUAUCUUCAAGGCCUGCGAAACCUCCAAGGUUUCCCUUCCCACCGACUCCCUCUUUUACCGCCAGUGGGGUCUGGACACCAGCCUUCUGAGCCAAGUCGAGGCCGACACUACCAAGGAUUUCGUCGACGUAAAGGCCGCUCUCAAGGAUCACCUGAAGAUCGAGAACCCCAGCGACGCUGAAUGCGAGGCUGUCAAGAUCCUCGUCCACGCCAUCGGAAAGCGUGCUGCCCGCCUUAGUGCUGUCCCCAUUGCCGCCAUCCUCAUUGACAGUGGCAAGCUCGAUACCGAGGGUGUUAUCGAUAUCGGUGUGGACGGUAGUCUCGUAGAGUUCUACCCCAACUUCGAGGGAUACAUCCGCGAGGCCCUGCGUGAGGUUCCCCAGGUUGGUGUUGCGGGUGACAAGAAGAUCCGCAUUGGUAUCUCCAAGGAUGGAAGCGGUGUUGGCGCAGCCCUGAUUGCCUUGGUUGCCAGCAAAGACGAGACUCUGCAUAUCCCUCGCGAGAAAUGA